CCCGGCCCGGCCCGCGUCGGUGCCGGAGGCGUGGCCGCCGCGUGCCGGUCCCCGUCCCCGCCGCGGCCCCCAUGUCGCGGUCGGGGGUCGAUGGCACCGUCGCGUUGGAGCGGGCCGGGGCGGAGGCGGUGAAGCGGGCGGUGGAGCUGGACCUGGCGUCUCGGUUCCAGGAGUCGUUGGUGUGCUACCAGGAGGGCAUCGACCUCCUGCUGCAGGUGGUGAAAGCCACGAAAGAUGAGGCAAAAAAGCACCGUUACCGGCAGAAAAUAUCCGAGUACAUGACCAGAGCCGAAGACAUUAAAAAACACAUUGAAAAAGAGAAACAAGAUGGCAAAUACCAUAAGCAAAUCAGGAUAGAGGAAAACGCAACAGGUUUCGGCUACGAAAAGCUUUUCCAAGAGUACCUUAGUGAGAUUGUUUCUGAAGUUUGGGUGGAGGACCCGUACAUUAGGCAUGUUCAUCAGUUGUAUAACUUCCUGCGAUUCUGUGAGCUGCUAGUUAAGGGGCCAUGCAAAGUGAAAACAAUCCACCUCCUCACUUCCUAUGAUGAAGGCAGUGGGAGGAGUCAACAGAUAAGUGGCUUGGAAGAAAUACAACAAUCAUUGAGGAAUUAUGGAGUAACACUGAAUAUUGCAUUUUCAUCUUCAAUACAUGAUCGAGAAAUUAGAUUCAACAAUGGAUGGAUGAUUAAGAUUGGAAGGGGUCUUGAUUAUUUUAAGAAACCACAGGGUCGUUUCAGCAUUGGAUACUGUGACUUUGACUUGCGACCUUGUCAUGAAACAACAGUGGAUGUCUUUCAUACUAAACAUACGAAGAAAAUGUGAUCAGAUAUGACUGCUUUUAAUGAGUUUUUUUAUAAGCAUCAAAAUGUAAGACCAGAAGAUGCUGCUCGAGUCCAGCUGUCCACCCGUGGAAGCAACUCUUCUAAGUACUUAGUCCAGCACAGCUUUUAUAAUCUAUAGGUUUAAGAAUAUUUGAGACUUUUCAGGCUGAGAAAACACAACUGUACAAUUCCUCCACUGUACUUCUCCCAUAAUCUUAAUUAACACAAUCCAUGUCUAAAUUUGAUCUUGAUUUCAUAACAGACCCUCAAUACUGUCUCUCAAAGGUCUCUUUACUGUCAUUUCUUUUUUUACUAUUGAUUUUGUCUUGAGCAAAUUUUUUUUCUUUCUGUCUUUAAUUGACCACCUCACAAACAUUUGAAGCUGGACUGCCACAUGUCCUCUUUUACAAGCAGCCUUAUUUAUUUCCUUUAAUUCCUGUAUUCUAGUCAUGAGUACUGUUCUGCUGUGUUUUAGUCAAUCCCGUAAUACCUGAUUUCACAGACUUUACUGGUAACCCCAAAUCUAGCAUUCUGUUCUCCAAGCUCCUUGCGUACAAACAUUGUAGUGUUCAGUAUACAGACAUUUUAGGGUCAUCUUAUGUGUCUCUGCAUGAUGGAUUUGGGGUUGGAAAGGAUGCAGACAGCUGUAUUCUUUUCCCUGUCACUCCUGUAUGUUCUUUUAUUCCGUGAUGUAUGGUCAUAUACCUGAUUAGGCGUGGAAAGGUUGUAUGAUCCUCUCCCGAUCUUUUUCCCUGACUUGCAAGUUUAAUGUCCUUCCAGCUAGUCAUGCCAGUCAGAACUGCGGUAAGCUAUUUCCCUGCUACUAAGAUAGUUCCCUAAAAAAAUAAUAAUUGAUUUUUAAAUUCCAGAAGUUGGAUACCCUGAAACUUUCUUGUUGUUAAGGAUUCCAAGGAAUAUGCUAGUCUACUAUGCUAGUAGGAAAAGUCAGUCUUUUCUUGUCUUCCCUUCAUUCUCUGCAAAGCGGAAGGUAUCACCUGAGCUGCUGCUGCUUUUUCUCCUAAUACAAGAGUUCUUGAUUCUUGUCAGCAAGAAUCUGGCAAAGUCGUACAUUCUGACAUGAAGAACAGGCAGUGGCCUCUUUUGCAGGUCCCAUCAAAAUCUUUUCAGCCUCAAGACUGAUAGGUGCCUUACGCUUUCUGCACCUUGUGAUACAAUAUGCCUCCAUAUUCUAGUAGCACAUUCAUUGCUAGAACUUUUUCUCUCUCCUAUGUUUCUUUUUCCUGAUGGCUGGUGUAUUCCAUUAUCCUUUUUUUAUUAUUUGCUUUAUUUUUCUUUCACCUUCUGUCAUCUAAUGCUGCUAUUCUUUUAGUCUUGCCUCUAACACGACAA